AUGGUUCGUGUAAAUGAUGCAGACAACUCUACAGUAGAUGCUGACUGCUUGCUAAGAGCUGACGUUUCUGCAUUCGCUAAUAGCCAUAUAACAGCGUUGGAGUUUGGCACCACUAUCAGUAGUGGGAAUUGCUCCGUUCUAACCUCCGUUUCAGUCAUCCUGGUUGCAGUCAUCCACUCCGUGUGGAACAAGAAGCAGACUCCUAUUUUACCUCAGGCAGAGAGCACAUCCUGCCUAUCUUUAAAGGAAUACCUCGUGGAUUUCGAUGAGUGCCGAGUUUAG